AUGGAGAUACUAUCUUGUUCGGUUAAUUUUGUGAAAUCUGGAAUCAGGGUUUCGUUUCCCCCUUUUAAUUUCCUCCAAUUCGUUCUGAUUUUCUUGGCUUUCAUCACGAAAUCUACAUCAAUUCACCGUGAUUUCUCAGAAGUUCCGUACUCUCGAUACUGUAAUGAUGUGGUUCGUGAAUCCCCAUUUACAGAAACCCAAUUAUUGCGGGAUAAUUUCCUCCGGUUAGAUAAAGCGGUGUAUAGCUUAGGAAAUGAAAAUCCCCAAUUCAAUUUUAAUCCCGUUUCCUCUCAAGUCGCAUCGUUUUCCACCCGGGAAGCUUACGAGACGAAAUCGAAAGGGAUCGUUAAGGUUAAUGCGGUUCUUAACCUUGUUGGGGCGGGCAUUAUUGAUUAUUUUUCCGGCAAUACUCCACGGAGAAGAUUACGGCUUGUUAAGUUCCGGCCACCGCGUUGGGAGCCUCGUACAAACGUCGGAGCUGGGUUUAGGUUAUUCGGGUUUUGGGAUUCGAAUUCUGGGAAGCUAUGUAUGGUUGGUUCAGGAUCGGUAAGUACUUUAACCCCUGUGAAUGUUGUUUUCAAGCUUGAUUAUCCCAAUUCUUCUGUUCUUGAUACUAGUUUGAUCAAUGGUACAUUACAAAGCAUCACGCCUUCGGGUUCCGCUACAUAUUUUAAACCCAUUUCGAUAUUGGGUGUUUCACGUAUGGGGUAUAAUUAUACUUACAUCAAUAAAGAGAUCAACAACGAUGGUUUUAGCAUCUACGAUGAUCUGGAGAACACCUCUCUUAGUCUACCAGAUGCCCGGACGGCUUACAGGCGUGGGAUAUGCUCGGUCAUAACAUGGGGUCUCAGAUUUGAAUUGGAUUACAAUACCUACGACUGUAAGAACGUUUCUUGUAGCUUUAUAACAGUAGGCGAUGAAACUUUUCCACGUUUCCUGUCAAUCAAAGUCGUAGAUUGCUUAGAAGAUGGAAAAGUUCGGUACAUUUUGCAGUUCUCUAAUUCUACCUACGGUAGAGGAAUGUCAUUUUAUCCACUCACUAGUCUGGUUGCAGAAGGAGUUUGGAACAAGAAGAAGAACCGUCUAGAGUUAGUAGCAUGCCAACUGUUCGAUAAAAUGUCUGCAAGAGAUUGUUCGAUUAGAUUAGCUUUCAGUUUACCUUCAAAUCUUAGUCUACAAAACAGGAGUAGUAUCAUAGGGCGAAUGUGGAGUACAAAACGAAAGAAUCUUGGCCAUGUCUCUAUUUAUAGCCCUGCAAACCUACACUCAAGAAUCAAAGGUGCAUCAUAUGAGUAUUCCCAACAUAAAAAGAUCACAAAUUUAUGCUCAAAAACCCUCGAUAGUAACACACAAGGAAAGAAAGAGACUUACCCAGAUGAAAAUUCUCCAAAUUUACGGUUCGACAUGUUGGUGAAAAACAAGAAAGGACAAAUGGCAUAUGGUUAUGCAUCCCCUUUUUACAUCGGUGACCGAUUUUAUUCAUCUUUUUCCAUGAUCGAAGGGAAUCAUAGUUCAAUAAACAAGUACAUUAACAUUAGCUAUGUCAUGAGCUUCACGACACGUGGCGAAUUUGAAUUCGGUGGUAAAAUCCCAGGGUCAAAAAUGGUUGAAAUCUCAGCAGAAGGCGUGUAUAACACUAAAAAUGGUGUUAUAUGUAUGAUUGGUUGUAAGCAUAUGCCAUACGAAAAGUUCCAAAAGAAAAGAUCCUUAGAUUGUGAGCUGCUAAUCAACAUCAACUACUCAAAACGCGGGUCGGUUCACGGGUCGAUCAAAUCCACACGAACAAGACCCGACCCGUUAUACUUCGAGCCCGUGAAAUUCGGGUCAAGCUCAAUAACAACAGUCCAAGCGAGAGAAUCAAUAUGGCGAAUGGAUCUUGAGAUCACCAUGGUUGUAAUUUCAAACACACUCGCAUGCAUUUUCAUCGCGUUCCAACUCUUUCAUGUCAAAAAGAAUCCCGAAUUUCUUCCGGAAACUUCCAUUAUCAUGUUAACUGUUCUCACCUUGGCUCAUAUGAUCCCACUUUUACUCAAUUUCGAAGCGAUUUUUAUCAAAAAUCGAAAGCAAAACGUGUUUCUCGGAACUGAUCAAUGGCUAGAAGUAAACGAGGUUCUUGUUCGUGUCAUCACAAUGGUUGCUUUCCUUCUUCAAUCCCGGUUGCUCCAACUCACUUGGUGUUCAAGAAAUGGCAAUGAGAAUAACAAUAACAAAGACAAAAACCUCUGGGAAUUUGAUCGAAAGGUUCUAUAUGUAACAUUCCCGUUAUAUAUAUUCGCCUUUUUUGCACAUUUGUUACAACUUCACGCAUCAAAAAGCAUGACUUUUUGGGGAGAACUCGAGUCUUACUUCGGUAUAGUUCUUGACACAUUCUUGAUACCACAAAUUGUGUUCAAUUUGUUUUGUGAUACAUGUAACAUGGUUCUUGCUCCUUCGUUUUAUAUCGGGUCUACAGUUGUGAGAUUGUUGCCUCAUGUUUAUGAUAUUUACCGAUCGCAUAGUUCUUUGUGGUUUUAUGAUAAAAUAUAUGCGAAUCCUGGGAUGGAUUUCUAUUCGACAAUUUGGGAUGUUGUUGUGUGUUUUGGUGGGACAUUUUGUGUUCUUGUGAUUUAUGUGCAGCAACGAUUUGGGGGAAGAUCGGUUUUGCCAAAAAGAUUUAGAGAAAGUUUUAUGUAUCAGAAAGUAGCUGUUACGACUCAAGAAGGAUGA